CUUUUUUUGACAAAGUGACUUUUAAAAUAAUAGUUUGAUUUGAAUUAAAUUCUGUAGUUGGUGAAAUUUGUUUAAUAUUAUAAUGGAAGAAAUUUUAUCCAAAAACUGCCUAAUAUGCCUUGUGGAGUUGCCAAAUAAUAACGAUUUACUUAUAGUAGAUACGUUUAAGAUUAAACAGUUACAAUUUAUCAAAGUUGAACUGAACAUACCUUUAACUGAUCACCUUGUGAUAUGUACAAGUUGUGCGCACAAAUUAGAACAAUCAUUUGAUUUCAAAACAAAGCUACUGAACAAUUAUAGUUAUUUAAAUAGUUUUAAAUCCGAAGAAACUCCUUUAAUUAAUAUUGAAGAAUUUCUUGCUCGUCCUACAUUUAGCGAAGGCGUUAAGCUGGAAGUAGAAAAAGUAUGUUUCCUUUGUUUGAGAUAUUGGCCAAUAGAUAAUUUAACGCCUCUGGAUAUGUUAAGAGAAAAUUGGCGCUACCAGAAGGACUUAUUCGAAAAAUGUAUACCUGAAGUAGAUUUCGCUUUGGUAAAUGACCCAUUCCUUUGUAAUAAUUGCAUAGAAUCUUUACAAAAUCUGUUCAAUUUCGUGUUAUCGUUUAACGACUCUGAAGAAUUAUUUAAGAGCUACGUUCAUACAGAUAAUGUAAAUUUGAAAAAAAUAGAUUUAAGACACGUUUACGAACUCAAUGAGGAUUCCGAAAUCAAAUGUGACACCGAUUGUCUUGAUAUUAAAGAAGAAAUUGAAGCAUUAUCGCCCUGUCCCGAACUCAAAAUUGAAGAUGAUAAUAAGGAAGAUGAUCAGCUGCUUAGUACUGAUUUUAGUCAUAAAAGGUCCUCAAUUAACAAAUGUUCAAAAGGAACCAAAAAGUCUCACCUAUGUCCGUACUGUUCAUACAAAAACCACAAAAGAGCCAAUCUAUCGUCGCAUUUAUUAGUACACGCAAAUCUUCGCAACGAACCAACCUUCAGAUUCAAGUGUGACUUGUGCUGUUUCAGUUCAAAAUGGCGUUCCAGUCUUGUAACCCACAAAAUUUUACAUAAAAAGUCACCGGAACUUACGAUUUUCAAAUGCUACAAUUGCAGCUACGAAACUAAAUACAAAAAGCAUUUGAGGCGACAUAUGAAAUUGCACCAAUUCAAAAUGUAUUUUUGCAAAGCUUGUCCAUACAAAACAAAAAUACCGGAUAGACUGAAAAUUCACAAAUGCAAACCUAAAUCUGAAAAAGUUAAAUUAGUUAAAAGGGAAACUGAAGAAAUUAAAAGCAAAUUGGAUACAAGGUCUGAAGAUGGGGACCAAACGGUGAAGAAAGAAUACCAACCGGAUAAGAUAUAUAGUUAUUUUUCGAAAAUCAUCGAUCUGGACAGUUGGUAUUACCUUUGUAAUACUUGCAAGUACCAAACGAUGAAAAUGUCUGGUAUCAAAGAUCACGUUUUGAAGCACCAAAAGAAACGGAAAGAAAAAUGCAGUCAGUGUGGUUAUAAAUUUAAACAUAAAAAAAGUUUGAAGGCUCAUAUCAAAAAUGUACACGGUUAAUGUGUUUGGAAUACAUUUAUUUUUAUUAUUUUGUUGAAUUUUGUUAGUUUAUUUAAAGAGUUUGUUUAUUUUUCAAUAAAAGCGUUUAUUUUA